GCGUUGUGGACGUACACAGCAGCUCCGGUGUUUCAGCCUUGACGCUUCUUGCACCACAAUAGCUUGUGUUGCCGCUGGUUUAUUAUAAUAAUAAUAACAGUAAUAAUAAUAAUAAUAUUUUUUAAAGCGUUUAAAAUGGAAGCUAGCGUUUGUAACAUUCAGGUGCUGCUGCGGGCUGCCGAGUUUUUGGAAAGAAGAGAACGAGAAGCAGAACACGGCUAUGCUUCAGUUCCACCUCUGAGUCCAGAUCACUGCGACAAGAGCUUCAGACAGAAAAAUAGGAAGAUUUCUGCCAGGUCGGUUCACAAUGAGCUGGAAAAAAACAGACGAGCUCAGCUGAGGCACUGCCUGGAGCAGCUCAAAAAGCAAGUUCCUCUGUCACCGGACUCGAUGAGGAACACCACCCUGAACCUGCUGAGACAAGCUCAGCUUCACAUAAAGAAGCUGCAGGAGCAGGACGAGCGAGCCGAGCAGCUGAAGGUCCGCCUGCGCUGGGAGCAGAGGGAGCUGAGGUUCCGGCUGGAGCAGCUGCAAAGAGGCUCAGAGAGGAUGAGGAACCACAGUCAGGGAUCCACCAUGUCCUCUGAGCGGUCAGACUCUGACAGAGAGGACGUGGAGGUCGAUGUGGAGAGCAUCGUGUUUGACUGCGUGGACUCUGAGGGACUGAGCAUUGUGCACACCGGUGCAGACCACUGCUACUCCAGCACGGACAAAGCCUGGCUAUGACGUCCGCGGGGUCACUCCGA